CGGCAGCACCGCCCCAGGAGCGGGAGGGCUCCGCCGUCAGCGGAGUCGGUGGGAGGAUUGGCCAUGGCGCCGCUGCUGCUGUUACUGCUUGUGUCACUGCUGUCGGCCGCCGCCGCUUUUCACCUGUGCUGCGUUCGGCGGCACACGGGCAGUGCGGGGGUCACGCUGCGUCGCCGGGAGCCGGGCCGGGCUGAGGCGAGGGGCUACAACCCCCCGAAGGACCCUUGGGCGCCACGGCUAUGCGGCUCCGGGCUGCGGCUCUUCGUCCAUGUGGCCAACACGGCUUUUGGACAGAUAUGCUUACUGCCCUUCUUAAUAAGGCUGAACAACUUCUCGCUGAUGCGUUCACUUGACAUUCACGAAGAUCCCACGUUUAUCCCAGAGGUUGCUGCAGAAGGUGAAGACAAGACUGAGACUAAAAACACUUUGAAUAUUAUGGAGCAGCUGCUAGAUGCAAGGUCUGAUUCUUCUAGAGCUGGGUUUAGCUUCAAAGGGAUCAAAGACUACUUGGACUGCUACCGGAGUGGGAGGCUGACACCAUCUCAGGUAGCAAAGAACAUCAUUGCCACACUGGAGGACUGUGACAAAUCCACGCCCCCGCUCAGAGCAAUAGUGCAGUGGGACCGGGAGCAAAUAUUGCUGAUGGCUGAGGCCUCCACUGCUCGUUACAGGAAUAAAUGUACCCUGUCUUAUCUGGAUGGUAUCCCAGUGUGUCUGAAAGAAGAGUUCCAAGUGGUACCUUACCAUCACCGUGUGGGAACAGCCUAUCUUGGGACAAAGCCUGAAAUGGAAGAUGCUACGGUGGCCAAGAAGCUGCGAGAGGCAGGAGCUAUCAUUAUUGGCGUCUCAAACAUGCAUGAACUAGGGACUGGAACAACUGGAUGCAAUCCUAAUAGGUACCACAUGAUCCCUAGGAAUCCCUACAAGCCUAACCACUACACAGGUGGGAGCUCCAGUGGGUCAGCAGCAGCUGUAGCAGCAGGUCUCUGCCCAGUGGCUAUUGGCACAGAUGGAGGCGGCUCUGUGAGGAUUCCUGCUUCGUUCUGUGGUGUGGUGGGGCUGAAAGGUACAUUUGGGCGCAUCAGUGGUCAUGGCUGCUUGCCACUCUCCUACUCUACAGUUAGUGUAGGCCCUAUCUGUACUUCAGUAGCAGAUGCAGCCAUUGUUUACAGUGUCCUUGCUGAGCCAGAUCCUCUCUAUCCAUAUGGACUAAAACAGCCCAAAGCAAACCUAUCUGAAAUAUGUGCUCUUGACCUGAAAGGCUUAAAACUGGGAGUGGACUGGAAGUAUUUUAAGGCAUGUGAUGCUGAGGUCCUGUCCAUCUGUGAGAAAGCGGUGGAGCACCUGCAGAGUUUUGGAGCCAGUGUGGUUGAAGUGUCCCUCCCAGAGAUGGAGGAAGUGCGAGUAGCACACGCAGUCUGCAUUCUCAGUGAGAUGAGGGACUUCCUGCAGCCUGACUUCAAUAAGCAUUUCCAUGAAAUGAACUUGGAGACUCGGGCUACCCUGGCCUUGGCUUCCCAGUUCACAGCUCUGGAUUACAUUACGGCAAACCGACAAAGAACUCGGAGCAUGACGUUUUUGCGAGAGAUCUUCACCACUGUGAACUGUAUCCUUACACCAGCUGUUCCUUGCACUGCCCCAAGGAUCUACGAGUCUGACCUUCUGACUGGCAGCAGCGAUUUGUCUUUCACAGUCCGCUCCAUGAGAUUCAUGCAGCUGGGUAACUUCACUGGGAUUCCAGGCCUUGUGGUCCCCAUUGGAUAUUCUACUGCUGGGCUCCCUGUCAGUUUCCAGGUCAUGGCAAAAUGGUGGGAUGAAGCUGUUCUUCUGAGGAUCGGCCUGAAGCUAGAGCAGUUUCGUUAUCAGACCAAAAAGCCAUCUGUUUAUUAUGACAUCCUUGCAUAAGGAUGUGACCAUCCUGAGGGACCAAGAUGGGAACCAACUCUUUUUCUUUUGUUUUUGGUCUUAAUCUGACCUGACCAAGUGGAUUUAUUUUCAGUGUUCAUCUGAAUAAGGCUUAGUAGCAGAUGAUUUGAGAGGGGAGGAACAAUGAUUGAGCAGGCACUGAUGCUAAGCAGAUGUAAUUUUUGCUUCCUGUUUGUUAUCAGAUGGUUCAGUUUAUAGUGGAGAGACCAGCUGUGCUAGCUAGUUCCUUGCUGUGUUUUUGCUAACAGGAGAAGCUGCAACUAUCUUCUGCAACUUCUUUCCAUGUAGCACUUAUGUAAAGAUGGAAAGCAGAUGCAGCUACAGGACUGCAUGUGGAUGGAAAAGUACAACCCCUAGACUGCAGUCCUUCUCACAGAACAUGGCUUGAAUCCAGGACAGAACAAAGGUCCUGUUUUGAGAGGGAGAGGCAGCUUUCAUCCUUCCUUUGGAAGGAGGAUGAUCUGCAUUUAGGUAGUGUGUGUCUGUGGUCCCUUAGAUAAACCCUCAGAGCAAAACAGAAAGCCUCUAGCUAUGGAAGUGUCACUGUGCUUCUGUCCCUUAUGCUGCGAACAGUGUAAGGUCAGCUGGUCUGCUGCACAAAGUAUAGGUCUGCUCAUUACAUGAACAGUCCUGGUAGAUGUCUACUUUCAGCCUUGUAUCCAGGGGAAAGAAAAGCAGAGCACAAAACUUGAUCAACUCUGUGACCCAAGUGUCUUGGUGUAGGAUUGUGGUUUUCUCUUGCACCUAUUUCUCAAGCUAAGCCUUGUGGAGCCUCUUUUCUCCCGCUGGUUUUGCCAAACUACAGUCAUUGAGGUAGCCAAAGGGAAGAAAUUAUCUGCUAGUGCUGUGAAGUGAUGCUCAAGGGGUGCUGAGCCAACUAGUACAGAUCCGUGUGGUGUUGAAAGUAGAAACCUCUACUGCGCAAGUUCAAGAGCUGAGGGAGACCUUACUGUGGCCUUUCAGUACUUUAAAGGGGGUUUAGAAGAAAAAUGGGGACAUACCUUUUAGCUCUAGAUGAAAAUUCCCUCUUACCCUACCCGAAGUGGAAUUCAGAGAUGAAUUAAAGACAAGACUCUGCUCUGUAAAGCAGUACACUGCAAGAGGAGAAGCUUCAGAAGACUAUACUCAUACAACAAAGGUUGCAGGCCCCAGACUGUAAGCUCUUUUAAGUACCUGUGUCCUGCCAGCAGCAGUCUGGCCAUGUGAAAGCUAAGACUAGGCCUAGGACUAACCAAAGCUAAGCAUUUCUGUUAAUUUUGGAGUCGCCUGAGGUUAAUGCUCAGAGGCAUCUCCUGUUGCCUACCUCACCAGGUAUCCCGGGCUUGUGUUCAGGCUGCUGGAGAAGCUGUCUUACAGACAGGAGAAUACGGCUGUAUUCUUACUUAGUGUGGAAGUAAAGAAGAGAAAAUAGCUGCAGUUUCUCUCCAAACUCUGUAGAGUUUGGGUGGUUUGGUUCAUUGUGUUGUUUUUCCCCUGUACAUACCCACCUUAAGUUUAAACAGUGCUAGCACUUUACUAAUGACUAAAACUAAGUCAGAUGGCACCUGCCUGGAAGAACGUUGCAUUGCUGUCCCCUUCGUUACGUGAGGUAAAGUGUCAGCUCCUACCAGCAGCAGUCACCAGCAUCCACAUGGUUGAUAUUGGCCAUUUAUCAUCAGUUCCCUCUCUAUGACACUGCCAGAGCUUUUCCCACUACAUUUUCAUGUUGUUCAGCUCUGUGACAAACAGUUUUAAAAACAAAGUAUUUCUUCUAUAAUUAAUGAUAAGUUAUUAAGCACUAACAACAUACUUUGAGCAAACCACUGCUGAAAUGUGUUUUAUAGCAAUAAGGGAGAAGAAUAAAUUCUUGUCAGGAUUGUUAUUGCUUGAAGGAAAUGGCUGAAUAUUCUUUAAUGCUGUUACUGAAGGGAUUAGAGAUGGAUGUUUGAAGUAAUCAACUAUCCUGCUAGGUGAUAACCUCUAUUUCCAAACCCUCCUAAAUGAUACAACAACCUGAAAUUAUAAUUACUUAGUUCACUCUCUAGCUAGAGGGAGGGGGUUCAAGUUCCUAGGAAGAUGGAUAGGAGCUGAAGUGUAAAGAGUUUGCUGUUUUUAACAAGUACUUGCCUCCUGCUAACAGUGGGAAGAAUUGAAAGCUUUUGCUGACAGGAACUUCCUGAAUGCUGCUUCCUCUCUUUGCCUAAGCUGGUAUCUCAUCACUGCACAUCUCCAGUGCAUGAUUUCCCUGGUGCUGAGGUUACCAGGAUAAAUUUUACUCAUCCUAGUGAAA